AUGGAAAAUCAUAUUGUAUAUUCGAGUGAGGCUAUUUAUUGUAACAAUACAUCACGAAUAGAUGUGUCAUGCACACUGUCAACUGAACUGCCUGUGUAUGGAUUUGGUAUGUGGAAACAUUCUGUCCAUGGUACAGCUCUACGUGUUUUGAGAGGCAGAGUGAAGGAUGAUCAGUCCAUUCUUAUGUUAACCAAUUGUAGUUAUCAAGACGCAGGAGACUACGAAUGUGUUGCAUGGACUAAAUUUGAAGGAAAGACCUAUUACACCAACACAACUAUCAGUUUAUAUGUUAAUAGCCCACCUGUAAUCGUUUCAGCCAACAAAUUACGACAAACAAAGAGUAUAAUUCUAACAGUCAAGUUCUGUUCUUCUGAAGAAACUACUGCAAUAUGGUCAGUGGAUAAAUCAGUUGUCAAUUCUGCUGGGAUUAUACACACGGUACUCAACAGAACAAUUGCAUUACAAAUUUAUAAUAAGACUAUCUACUGUGAAGGAUAUAUUGCAAAUUUGUCAAUAAAUUCUGGGAAAGCAGGAACAUAUGUCAUGAGCAUUCAAAACGACUUUGGUGAGACAAGGCAAGCGUUUAGUGUGGAUGUUUUUCAAGCUAAAGGUUUGACAACUACGUUUGACUUCCGAUCUGUCAUAAUUGCCAUUACAGUUGUAGGGAUAUUCAUAUUAAUUAUAACAGUUACGGUAAUUCUGAUGAAAGAAAGAGGUUCUAGUAAGUAA